AUGUGCAAAAUGGCUACCAUACCAGUUUGGCACACUCCGUGUCCUCAUAUGCACAAAUGCACAAACCUACGGCCCUAUUCCUCACCGUUCAGAGUCUGUUCGAGAAACGGUUUCCACACGUCCAGAUGCUCCUCCACCACAACCACUGCAAAUCCGAUACUGUCCUUCUCAGACGUUAAACGGAUUUUACUUCAAAAAAUUACCAACAAAGGAGACGAGCUGCUGAAAGCCUUCCAGCUGCUCGAUCCCGGCCGCAGCAUGAUGGUGUCCAAGAGCGAGCUGCGCCGGGUGGUCAGCACCUUCCUGCUGUCGCUCACCCGGGAGCAGUUCCAGGACGUGCUGGCCCAGCUCUCCCUCACCAGCUCCGGUGACGUUCCGUACCUCCAGUUCCUGUCCAAGUUUGGCGGGGUGGACCUACAUCUUCUAAGGUGGAGCAAUGGAGGCGGAGUGAAUGGCGGCCGGACACUGAAAGAACUGGAAAUCCUCAUAGGAGAGAAGAUCUCCAGAAACAUCAAGGCCGUGGUCCGCGCCCUCAGCCUCAUCGACGUGAACAGGACGGGCCUGAUGCUGCCCAGCGAGCUGCGGCGGGUGCUGGAGACCUUCUGCCUGAGGAUGACGGAGGAGGAGUACCGGAAGUUUGCGGAGUUCUACAGCAUUAACAAGGACAUCCCAGUGGAUUACAAUGCCUUUCUGAAGAACCUCAGCAUAAAUAACAACUUACACCUCAAGUAUUUGGGAGAUCUAGGGGCCUCCCGGGAGAAUCAGCAGGCCAAAACCGCCCCCAGGGACCUCCUCCUGCACUGCUCCGAGGCACCCGAGAACUGGGGGGAGCACUCCUUGGAAGAAAUUGGGAGGGCCUUUUGCCAGGAGUUCACCAAGUGCCGCGACAAGGUGGAGAAGGCCCUGAGCGCCGGGGACCCCUCCAAGUGCGGCUACAUCUCCCUGAACUACCUCAAGAUCGUCCUCGACUCCUUCGUGUUCGAGCUGCCGAGAAGGGUCUUCAUCCCGCUGAUGAAGAGAUUUGGACUCAAAACCACCAACAGAGUCUACUGGAAGCAGUUUCUGACAUUGAUGCAGGACCCUCAGUGGUUGGAGGCUCCGAGCUCAGAUGCCCCGGCCAGAAAGGACAGCACCAUCUCUAAAAGUCAGUGUAGCGGGGAAAACAUUAUCACCAGGUUAUUCCGACGAGACGACCACUACAGGCUGCUGCGGAAGAUGCUGCUGAUGGACAACAUGAAGGUGAACGGGCAGAUAAAAGGGGAAGAACUGCAUCAAACCAUCAACUCCAUGGUCGUAACGCUGAGCAACUCAGAGUUCAAGGAGCUGAUGCAGACGCUGGACCCUCGGGGCUCGGGCCUGGUGAACAUCCACAGGUUCCUGGCGCUGCUGGAGGAGGGCCGCAAGACGAUAGGGGAGCCCACCUCCGGGGGGGACAGCCAGGCACCACACCAGCCGGUCUGGGACUCAAUGGAAGAGAUGGUGCAGGACGCCGUCCGCGGGAACCUGCUGGCGUUUUACGACCUGCUGUGCUCCUACGACUGCGGAGACUCGGGGCUCAUCCGGGCCAGCCACCUCAGGAAGGUGCUGCACUCCUUCUGCCCGGGGCUGACGGCGGAGCAUCUGGCCAGGCUCUGCAGUAAGUUUCAGGAUCCAGCCUCGGGGAAGGUCCUUUACAAGAACCUCCUGGCCAGCAUGGGCGUCCCGGGCCUGCCCGCCGCCUGCCCAGCUAAUGCCGUGAAGGGGCGGCCGCCCCGCGAGCCCGGGCAGCAGGAGACGCCGCCGUCGGAGGGCGCCCAGAGAGCCAAGCCCCCGGAGGACAGAAGCUCCAGGACCAAGACGGUGACCAAGGACGAGGCGGUGCAGAGGCUGCGGCACUGGGUCCAGCUGCAGGACCCCGCGUUCAGGAAGCAAUUUCUCGACUCCAGCAAGGACGGCAGUGGCAGGGUGAACUCGUGCGACUUCAGGAAGGUGCUGGAAAAUCACGGGCUGCCCAUGGAUGAUGACCAGUACGCUCAACUGAAGGCAGCCAUCGGCUAUAAGAAAGAAGGAAUGAACUACCAGGAUCUCGCAGCGGGAUUUGAAGGAGCUAAAACGAACGGACCGCCAGGGACUGCGCCUCCGACCCCAGUUCUCCCGAACAGCAGCCUGGCCAGCGGCUUCGUGACCGCCGAGGAGUGCCUGCAGCAGCUGCCCCAGCGCCUGAGGGAGAACUUCCCGAACUUGUUCGCCGCCUUCUUCCGCAUGGACACCAACAGGGACGGCAUCGUCAGCAUGCAGGACCUGCACCGGCUGCUGGAGCACCUGCUCUUCAACCUCAGAGACGACCAGUUCGAGCGCCUCGUGGCCCUCCUGGGCCUGCGGCUCAGCGUCACGCUGAAUUUCCGGGAAUUUCAGAAUCUGUUUGAGGAGGCGCCACCCACAACAGACGACCCGCCUCAACGGCUCAUCAAACAAAAGGAGAAGGUCACAGAUUCAGAACUAGCUUGCGAGCAGGCUCACCAGUACCUUGUCACCAAAGCAAAGAACAGGUGGAAAGACCUGUCUAAGAAUUUUACAGAAACCGACCAUGAGGGCACCAGCAUCCUCCGUCGCCGGGACAUAAAGAACGCGCUGUACGGCUUCGACAUCCCCCUCACGCCGCGGGAGCUGGACAAGCUGUGGAUGCGCUAUGACACCACGGGGAGGGGGCACGUCACGUUCCCCGAGUUCGUGCAGCAGCUGGGGAUCACGUACUCGGCGGACGUGCACCGGCCCUACUCGGAGGACCGCUCCAACUUCAUGGGCCACUUCACCAAGCUGCCGCCGCAGCAGGAGCCUCCGCGGGAGCCGCGCCCGGAGCAGCGCCCGGAGCAGCGCCCAACACCGCCACCGGAGAAGCUGAAGGGCCACUGUGAGGACAUCAGGAAGGCGCUGGCCAAGCUGGACACGGGCGGCAGCGGCUCGGUGUCCCUGUUCCAGCUGCAGCGGGCGCUGCGGGACGGCGGCGUUCCCUUCAAGGAGGCGGAGCUGGCCGCGCUCCUGGGCAGUUUGGGAAUCAGCUGGCAAAACAAUUCCAUCAAUUACCUUGACUUCUUGAGGGCAGUGGAGGACAACAAGCCAUCCGGGCCUGAGCCGAGGGAGAGUGAGGCGGCCGUGCCUGUCAAUUUUGCGAAGCUGAGCCCGGAGGAGAUCCUGAAGAGCGUCCAGAGAGUGGUGGCCGCCAGCGGCCCGGCGCUGGCCACGGCAUUCUCUGCCCUGGACAAGGAGGACACGGGAUAUGUGAGGGCCUCGGACUUCGGCCAGGUGCUGAAGGACUUCUGUCACAAGCUGACAGACAACCAGUUCCACUACUUCCUGCGGAAGCUGCGGCUCCACCUGACGCCCUGCAUCUGCUGGAAGUACUUCCUGCAGAGCUUCGGCGGCUUCCUGGAGGAGAAUGCCUCCGAAUGGGCCGAGAAGAUGCCCAAGUGCCCGCCCCCCAAGUCCCCCAAGGAAGCGGCCAACCACGAGAUCCUGGCGCGGCUGCACCGAGCCGUGGCGACCCGCUACCAGGCCAUCGCCCAGGAGUUCCAGAACUUCGACACCGCCAAGGCCGGCACCGCCUCCCGGGACGAGUUCCGGGCCAUCUGCACGCGCCACGUCCAAGUGCUGACGGACGAGCAGUUCGACCGGCUCUGGAAGGAGAUGCCGGUCACAGCCAAGGGGCGGCUGCGCUACCUGGACUUCCUGAGCCGGUUCAGCUCUGAGAAGGCGGCCACCCCACCCAGCAGCGGCGACUCCCCCAAGGCCCAGAGGAGGUGCGACGUGCCCGCCACCUCAGAGGGAGGCAGAGCUGUGGGGUCAUCAUCGUCCACCCGAGAGCCCCCGAAAACGGGGGCCAAACAGCGGAGCCAGCCGUGUACGGCCAGCAGCCGGGGCACCGUGCUGGGCACCCCGCAGCUGCACAACUGCGAGCCCGUGGAGAGCCGGCUCCGGAGGCGCGUGCAGGGCUGCUGGCGGGAGCUCCUGCGGGAGUGCAAGGAGCGCGACCCCCACAGGCAGGGCGACAUCUCCGCGGCCGACUUCCUGGCGCUCGCCGAGAAGUUCAAGCUGGACCUCAGCCAGGAGGAGGGCCAGCAGCUGACGGUCAAGUACGACCUCAAGGACAACGGCCGCUUCGCCUACUGCGACUUCCUGCAGAGCUGCGUGCUGCGGCUGAGGGCCACGGAGACCUCGCUGAUGCAGCGGCUGAGGAUCCAGAACGCAGACAAGAUGGAAGGAGCCGGCGCCGAGACGUCCUCCUUCUACUCGGCGCUGCUGCGCAUCCAGCCCAAGGUCAUGCACUGCUGGCGGCCCAUGCGCCGCGCCUUCAAGGCCUGCGACGAGGGCGGCACCGGCCUCGUGGGCGUCACGGACUUCCGGAAGGUGCUGCGGCAGUUCAGCAUCAACCUGUCGGAGGAGGAGUUCUUUCACAUCCUGGAGUACUACGACAAGACGCUGUCCUCCCGGCUCUCCUACAACGACUUCCUGCGCGCCUUCCUGCAGUAG